AACUGCAACACUUCCUCUGCAUCUGGAUAUGAAGGGAGCCCCAGAAAAGCGGAAGAGUUGAGAGGCACACUGGGUAGGGCAUGGAGCUGGAGAACUGUGAGCAGCCGGUGAUUCUGAGAGAGGACAACCUCCGCCGGCGUCGGAGAAUGAAGCCACGCAGUGUGGCGGCCAGCCUGUCCUCCAUGGAGCUCAUCCCCAUUGAGUUCGUGCUGCCCACCAGCCAGCGGGACACCAAGAUUCCCGAAACGGCGCUGCUGCACGUGGCGGGGCACGGCAACGUGGAGCAGAUGAAAGCCCAGGUGUGGCUGCGCUCAAUGGAGACUAGUGUGGCCGCCGACUUCUACCACCGGUUGGGUCCGGACCACUUCAUCUUGCUCUACCAGAAGAAGGGACAGUGGUACGAGAUCUAUGACAAGUACCAGGUGGUGCAGACCCUGGACUGCCUGCGGUACUGGAAGAUGCUGAAUAAGAGCCCAGGUCAGAUCCACGUAGUACAGCGGCAUGCGCCCUCCGAGGAGACCCUGGCCUUCCAGCAGCAGCUCACCGCCCUCAUCGGCUACGACGUCACUGACAUCAGUAACGUGCAUGACGACGAGCUGGAGUUCACACGCCGCCGCCUGGUCACACCUCGCAUGGCAGAGGUGGCAAGUCGCGAUGCCAGGCUCUACGCCAUGCACCCCUGGGUGACAUCCAAGCCCCUCCCUGAGUACCUGUCAAAGAAGAUUACCAACAACUGCAUCUUCAUUGUCAUCCAUCGCAGCACGACCAGCCAGACCAUCAAGGUCUCAGCUGAUGACACCCCAGGUGCCAUCCUCCAGAGUUUCUUCACCAAGAUGGCCAAAAAGAAGUCACUGAUGGACAUCCCCGAAAGCCAAAAUGAGCAGGAUUUUGUGCUGCGUGUCUGUGGCCGGGAUGAGUACCUGGUUGGUGAAACACCCAUCAAAAACUUCCAAUGGGUUAGGCACUGCCUUAAGAAUGGAGAAGAGAUUCACCUAGUGCUGGACAGGCCUCCGGACCCAGCCCUGGAUGAGGUGAGGAAAGAAGAGUGGCCACUGGUAGAUGACUGCACCGGAGUCACCGGCUACCAUGAGCAGCUGACCAUCCAUGGCAAAGAUCAUGAGAGUGUGUUUACUGUAUCCCUGUGGGACUGUGACAGGAAGUUCAGGGUCAAGAUCAGAGGCAUUGAUAUUCCUGUCCUACCCCGAAAUGCAGACCUCACAGUUUUUGUGGAAGCAAACAUCCAGCAUGGGCAGCAAGUUCUUUGCCAAAGAAGAACCAGCCCCAAACCCUUCACAGAGGAGGUGCUCUGGAAUGUAUGGCUCGAGUUCAGUAUCAAAAUCAAAGACUUGCCCAAAGGGGCUCUACUGAACCUCCAGAUAUUCUGUGGCAAAGCUCCUGCACUGUCAGGCAAAGCCUCUGCAGAGACUCCCAGCUCAGAGUCCAAGGGCAAAGCUCAGCUUCUUUACUAUGUAAACCUGCUACUGAUAGACCACAGGUUCCUCCUGCGCCAUGGGGAAUAUGUGCUCCACAUGUGGCAGAUAUCUGGGAAGGGAGAAGACCAAGGGAGCUUUAAUGCGGACAAGCUCACGUCCGCCACCAACCCAGACAAAGAGAACUCAAUGUCCAUCUCCAUUCUUCUGGACAAUUACUGUCACCCAAUAGCCCUGCCUAAGCAUCGGCCCACUCCUGACCCCGAAGGUGACCGAGUUCGAGCUGAAAUGCCCAACCAGCUUCGAAAGCAACUAGAGGCAAUCAUAGCCACUGAUCCACUUAAUCCUCUCACAGCAGAGGACAAAGAAUUGCUCUGGCAUUUUAGAUAUGAAAGCCUGAAGCAUCCCAAAGCAUAUCCUAAGCUAUUUAGCUCAGUGAAAUGGGGACAGCAAGAAAUUGUGGCCAAAACAUACCAACUGUUAGCCAGAAGGGAGGUCUGGGAUCAAAGUGCUUUGGAUGUUGGGUUAACAAUGCAGCUCCUGGACUGCAACUUUUCAGAUGAAAAUGUCAGAGCCAUUGCAGUUCAGAAACUGGAGAGCUUGGAGGACGAUGAUGUUUUGCAUUAUCUGCUGCAGCUGGUGCAGGCCGUCAAAUUUGAACCAUACCAUGACAGUGCCCUGGCAAGAUUUCUGCUGAAGCGUGGCUUAAGGAACAAAAGAAUCGGUCACUUCUUGUUUUGGUUCUUGAGAAGUGAGAUCGCUCAGUCCAGGCACUAUCAGCAGAGAUUCGCCGUGAUCCUGGAAGCCUAUCUGAGGGGCUGUGGCACAGCCAUGCUGCAGGACUUUACCCAGCAGGUCCAAGUCAUCGAGAUGUUGCAAAAAGUCACCAUUGAUAUUAAGUCACUCUCUGCUGAGAAGUAUGACGUCAGUUCCCAAGUUAUUUCACAACUGAAGCAAAAGCUUGAAACCCUGCAGAAUUCUAAUCUCCCCAAAAGCUUUAGAGUUCCCUAUGAUCCUGGUCUGAAAGCAGGAACCCUGGUGAUUGAAAAAUGUAAAGUGAUGGCCUCCAAGAAAAAGCCCCUGUGGCUUGAGUUUAAAUGUGCAGAUCCUACAGCGCUCUCCAAUGAAACAAUUGGAAUCAUCUUCAAACAUGGCGAUGAUCUGCGCCAAGACAUGCUUAUUUUACAGAUUCUACGAAUCAUGGAGUCCAUUUGGGAGACUGAAUCUUUGGAUCUGUGCCUCCUGCCAUAUGGUUGCAUUUCAACAGGGGACAAAAUAGGAAUGAUCGAGAUCGUGAAAGAUGCGACAACAAUUGCCAAAAUCCAGCAAAGCACAGUGGGCAACACGGGUGCGUUCAAAGAUGAAGUCCUGAAUCACUGGCUCAAAGAAAAAUGCCCCAUCGAAGAAAAGUUUCAGGCAGCAGUGGAGAGAUUUGUUUAUUCCUGUGCCGGCUACUGUGUGGCAACCUUUGUUCUUGGAAUAGGCGACAGACACAAUGACAAUAUUAUGAUCUCAGAAACAGGAAACCUAUUUCAUAUUGACUUUGGGCACAUUCUUGGGAAUUAUAAAAGUUUCCUGGGCAUUAAUAAAGAGAGAGUGCCCUUUGUGCUCACCCCAGACUUCUUGUUUGUGAUGGGAACUUCUGGAAAAAAGACAAGCCCACACUUCCAGAAAUUUCAGGAUGUCUGUGUCAAGGCCUACCUAGCCCUUCGCCAUCACACAAACCUGCUGAUCAUCCUGUUCUCCAUGAUGUUGAUGACAGGAAUGCCCCAGUUAACCAGCAAAGAAGAUAUCGAGUACAUCCGGGAUGCCCUGACAGUGGGGAAAAACGAGGAGGAUGCUAAAAAGUACUUCCUUGAUCAGAUUGAAGUUUGCAGAGACAAAGGAUGGACCGUGCAGUUUAACUGGUUCCUGCACCUUGUUCUUGGCAUCAAGCAAGGAGAGAAACACUCAGCCUAAUACUUUGGGCUGGAGUGAAAAACAACUCUGUGUUCUAAAGCUUUUAAAUCAGCACAUCAGAGUCAUCAAGCUUGUAUUUAAAAUGCAACAGGACAUGGUGAGAGCUGGCACUUAACAGAGCUCCUUUCCUAGCUGAACUCCUAACUGGAGAAAAGAAACGAUGGGCAUCACCGACUGCUGAAGUUAUAUUCAGCGCUGGGCUUCUUUGCAGGUUUGUUUCUUCUCGUUCGUCUCAGUGAUGCUGGAGGACAUUUCGAGUUGAGACAGACUGAUGAUGUCCUUACGGGGCCUGAUAUUUUGACUAUCUUAUUGAGUGCUUCUGGAAAUUCUUUAGAAUAGUUGAUGACAUCUGUUUUACUCUCAGUUUUGGUUCUCCUCCUGUGCUUUAAACUCUCCAGGAAAAAAAGAUGCAACUGUUGUAA